AUGCCGCGCCGCUCGAACGCCACCGGCUACACUGGCAUGCGGGAGCGCCCCGGUGGCGCGUUCUACGCGGAAAUCCGUUCCGGUCUGAAACGGAUCAAACUCGGCACGUACGAGGCGGCGCGCGCCUACGACGCGGAGGAUCUAGCGCCGCCUCCAUGCCUCGUCACCGCCGAGGAUAGGUGCCACCACAAGGCUCUGCAGCGGCGGCUCUACCACGUUGUCGAGGAUGAGUGCCUCAUGGAGGAGUGGAAGAGGCGCUUGCCGGAGGACGUCCAGGCGAUGCACGCCUUCUACGUUGAGUGCACGGGUGCCUAA